AGUGAUAAAACGCAGCCUCCGGACAGCCAACAACUCGGAGCAAAGUGCAGAAGAGUGGCAUUCUGGGACUUGCAGUUUAGCCAAAGCCGCAGUGCAUGUAGGGAGAUGUGGUCCCCUCCGCCUCCUCAGUCCGUUCUGCGUGCAGCGAAACGCAAGAGCCAGGCGGGAGGAGGAGCGAAGAGAGGUCAGAGCAACGGCACGCGCCGUACUGCGCAUGUGCGCCGGCUGCGAGCGCUGAGACUUGUGGGUAGGUGGCGCAACCCCUCCCCUCAAUUGAAGGCUGCCAGGGCUGCUUCCACGGCGCAGCACCUCCCAGGAUGGCUGCCAUGGUUGUAAACAAACCUGGAGCAGGACUAGAUGGUGGCCGGCAAGGCAGCCGGGGGUCGGCCGUGGUGAAGGUGAGAGCGACCUUGCGAGCUGUUCUCCACCGUCGGCCUCCCUUAUACCUGGCGGCGGCGCCAGGGCCCUCCUGCGAUGCGCGGCCUCCGGGCCCCCCUCACUCCCCGGCCUCUGCUGCUGCCCCUCCGGCAGCGUUUACCCUCCGGCCUGGGGCUGCCGGCCCUUCUCCUCCAGCCAUUUCUCGACCCGCUACAGGAACACGUGUGAAAAGGAGUUUAGCGACCUGUGAGAGUGACCUGGUGCUGGAGUGUGGAGUUUGUGAAGAUGUCUUUUCUUUGCAAGGAGACAAAGUUCCUCGCCUUCUACUUUGUGGUCACACAGUCUGUCAUGACUGUCUCACCCGUCUACCUCUUCAUGGAAGAGCAAUUCGUUGCCCUUUUGAUCGACAAGUAACAGAUCUAGGAGAUUCAGGUGUCUGGGGAUUGAAAAAAAAUUUUGCUUUAUUGGAGCUUUUAGAACGACUACAAAAUGGACAUAUUAGUCAGUAUGGAGCUGCAGAAGAAGCCAUUGGUAUAUCUGGAGAGAGUAUCAUUCGUUGUGAUGAAGACGAAGCUCAUGUUGCAUCUGUAUAUUGCACUGUGUGUGCAACUCACUUGUGCUCAGAGUGUUCCCAAAUUACUCAUUCUACCAAGACAUUAGCAAAGCACAGGAGAGUGCCUCUGGCUGAUAAACCUCACGAGAAGACCAUGUGCUCUCAGCAUCAGGUGCAUGCUAUUGAGUUUGUUUGCUUGGAAGAAGGCUGUCAGACUAGCCCACUUAUGUGCUGUGUCUGCAAAGAAUAUGGAAAACACCAGGGUCACAAGCAUUCAGUAUUGGAACCAGAAGCUAACCAGAUCCGAGGAUCAAUUUUAGAUAUGGCUCACUGCAUACGAACCUUCACUGAGGAAAUCUCAGAUUAUUCCAGAAAAUUAGUUGGAAUCGUUCAGCACAUUGAGGGAGGAGAACAAAUAGUGGAAGAUGGACUUGGAAUGGCCCACACAGAACAUGUACCAGGUACUGCAGAGAAUGCACGGUCUUGUGUCCGAGCUUACUUUUCUGAUCUACAUGAAACUUUAUGUCGUCAAGAAGAAAUGGCUCUAAGUGUUGUUGAUGCUCAUGUUCGAGAAAAACUGAUUUGGCUCAGGCAACAACAGGAAGACAUGACUAUUUUAUUGUCCCAGGUCUCAACAGCCUGUCUCCAUUGUGAAAAGACUUUACAACAGGAUGAUUGUAGGGUUGUCUUGGCAAAACAAGAAAUCACAAGAUUAUUGGAAACACUGCAAAAACAACAGCAGCAGUUUACAGAGGUUGCAGAUCAUAUUCAGUUAGAUGCCAGCAUCCCUGUCACUUUUACAAAGGAUAAUAGAGUACACAUUGGACCAAAAAUGGAAAUUCGAGUUGUUACUUUAGGAUUAGAUGGUGCUGGAAAAACUACUAUUUUGUUUAAGUUAAAACAAGAUGAAUUUAUGCAACCCAUUCCAACAAUUGGUUUUAAUGUGGAAACUGUAGAAUAUAAAAAUCUGAAGUUUACUAUUUGGGACGUAGGUGGAAAACACAAAUUAAGACCAUUGUGGAAACAUUACUACCUUAAUACCCAAGCUGUUGUAUUCGUUGUGGAUAGCAGUCAUAGAGACAGAGUUAGUGAAGCACACAGUGAACUUGCAAAAUUGUUGACGGAAAAAGAACUUCGAGAUGCUUUGCUCCUGAUUUUUGCUAACAAACAGGAUGUUUCUGGAGCUCUGUCAGUAGAAGAAAUUACUGAACUUCUCAGUCUCCAUAAGCUUUGCUGUGGCCGUAGCUGGUAUAUUCAGGGCUGUGAUGCUCGAAGUGGUAUGGGACUGUAUGAAGGGUUAGAUUGGCUCUCACGGCAACUUGUGGCUGCUGGAGUAUUAGAUGUGGCUUGAUCUUAAUUGUUGUUAAUAAUUGCUUAAAGUUUUGUGGUUAAGCACUAUAUUGCACAUAUUAUGUUGUAAAAAAAAAAAGACUCUACAUCUAAAAAAUAGUUAAUCCAUUAAUAGGAAGUGUAUAUAAAUGAAAGUUUGGAUUGGGAAUUCAGUGUAAUAUUGCUUUAAAAAUAAUUCUAGUGGCCCAGGAAGUGGUGCAGUGCUUACAGAAGACUUGCAUGCAUGAGGUCCUGAGUUUGAUCCCCUGCAUUGUAUAUGCCAGGGAGAUUCUCUGGUCUUUUUCAUUAACAAAUAUUUCUUAAAAGGAAAAAAAAAAUUGUGGUGUAUAUAUAUAUCCAUUUAAGUUGGAUUCAUAGAGGCUUCUUGAGUAUUCAGUUGUGUGUGUGUGUGUGUGUGUCUGUAGCUGGGACCUCAACUGUGUCAUUUCAUUGUCCUGCCUGCUUUUUGUAAGAGAGAGAGAUAGAGGGCUUCCCUUGGUGCUGUGUCACUCCUGUGUGGUGCUGGGGCUCAAAUCUGGGCCAUGUGUAUGGCAGGGCAUCCACACUACCUACCCAGUGAUCUAUCUGUCCCUUGACCCCAAUAUACAUUUUUCUAACUGUACAUUUGUUAUUUAAGCUUUUCAGCUUAUAUGUGACUCAUAGAUUGGGAAAUAGAAAGCAUAAGUGAAAAUUCAUUCGAUUAAAAAAAAAUUACAGCCUUCUGAGUGCCUAAUGGAAUCUUUGUGUGAAGCAAGUGAAGCAUAGCUUACUCUUUCACUUGCCUUUCUAGUGAGUUUGAGAAGUAUUUAAAUAGUAGCAGAAAUGGCAAUGACAUAUUGAGAUAGAAGCCACACUGAAUCUUUGAUUACUUUUACAUUCAGUAUAACAGUAUAAUGCCUAUGAUGUUAAGGACUAUAAGCUGUAGAGAAUAUUUUAUACAGUGUUUUAUUAGACUUUCUUCUAAACCAUUUUUUAUAAAAUUGAAGUGAGUCUGAAAUGAAAUGUUACCUAACUAGUCCUGAUUGUCAGGCUAACACUACAUGGAAGAACAAUUAAUAGAGCUAUGAAAGGUAUGUUCUAGUUGAUCUUCAUUUGUGGAAGACUGAUUUCCAUGUUUGAACCUGAGUGUAUUUUCCUAGGUCAGAGCUCUAAGUUGGUCCUUGUCUUUUUCAACAUAUUUAAAGACUCAGUCAUUACUUUGCACAUUAAUAUAGCAUUCUUAGUGGGAAUGACCAGAGGUAAAAUGUACUAAUAUGCAAAAGCAGGGUUGGCUUUACAUAAGAUGAUACAGAUCUAAGUAGAAAACUGCCUUUACCUAAAGAGAAACCAUUUCAGCAGUCAAGAAUGCUUAUUCAUAUCAAUUACUUUAAAAUGUUUUCCAAAAAAUAGUGUAUUUUAUCUUGAUAGUAAAAAUAUUAUCAAGGCUUUUUGUAAUAAGGCCUUGAAAACUUAAGAGGGAGAUUGUGUCUAAGGAUGGAAAAGUUUAUAAAUGUUUACAUCACAUUUAUUAUGGAGUGUUGUGAAUAAAAGUUUAAAAAUUUUGUGCUCUUUACUGUUUUUUUUUAUUUUAAGGGUACUCCAUUAUGGUUGUAUAAUAUAUUGUAUUAUAACACAGUUAGAUUGAAUUUUCUGACUUUCUUCAGUGCUCUUUAUAAUUUAGGGAGAACUUGAGACCUAAGCUUUAUUAGUUGAAAUGCUCUGAGGACACUGAUUUCUGGUAAGCUGUGACUUUUAGGUGGCACUGUUUUGGUUCAUUCUCUUCAAAUGUAUUUUUGUUUGUUUAAAAACAAAACUUUUAGAGAAUAAAACAUUAAAAUUCCCAUCAGUGUUAUGGGCAAUGUGUAAAUAAGUAAAUAUAUCUUGUCCUUUAUUUUUCAAAUGAAAGGUCAUGCUGUUACAGUGUAGUUUGUAUAAAUAAUACUUCUGAAUUAAAUUAUUUAACAUUUGACUGAUUGCAAUAACUGAAAAAAAUGUUACAUUUGCCUGUGAACCUUUGAACUGUUUUCUCUACUAAAUAGAAAGAAAAAAGUUCUAACACUAACAUAUAAACUCACUUCCCUUGCAUUAAGUUUAUUUUACCAAUUUCGUCAAGACUUUGUAAUUCACAUUCUUAGCAAAUUUACAAUUUGAAAAUUAAACUUGCUUUGCCCUAAUUACAAGGAUAUAAUUACAA